CCGGAGGUCCUUGGGGUGAGGGCCAGGAAACACCCCACCUAUUUAUUAAAGAAACAGAAAGUUACACGAGUAGGAGGGCCAAACCAAAGCCUACUCAAAGAAAAGUUUACAAAACAUAAAGGAGACUAAUGACAUCAAACUUGAGGUCUUCAACAUUAAUAAAUUCUGUUUCAUCCUGCGUCCCUAAAGUAAGUAGAUCCGUUCUUGUCUUCGUAAUAGGAGUGUAGAGCUCUAGACGGGAGAGCAUGGAGUUCGUAUCCUUGUAGCGAUUGGAGAUGAAGACCCGUCUGUGCAAGAUGAUGUGCGCAACCGUUGGUUUCCCUUGGUCGGUAGCACAGAUACAAACCGUUUGCCAGCCUGAGACGGUUGAUGUUCAGCAUCGUUCUCGUCAAGUACGGAGGUAAUUUCGAAAACCCGUGUGAAAUUUUGAUGCUUACUUCCGAAUCAGUUUGAACAUUGAAAUGUUUGUAACCCUUGGUAACCAUUUCUGUGAUGGAGGUUUCCAAGGCCAAAAGUUCUGCUUGCAAUGGAUUUGUUGUUGAAAUCGGGAAGGCCAUGGCGUGUAGAAAGGUCCCAUCUGCUUUCCUCAUAAUGGCGCCACCAGCACUCUUAUUUCCACAAAAGGCAGCGUCUGUGUUCAGCGACUACUCCAUCUGCAUCAAGAUUCAAGAGACCUCCCUGGCUGUUAUAUUGUAAGCCCAGGUGACCUCCUUCCUCAUGUCCAAGGUCCUGAGCAAACACGGCUCUUCCUGUCGGGACCUCCGGUGAACUCCGCAAAAGGGCUGCAACUCCGGCGAGGUUGGCUUCUCUAAUUCUCUCCUCUAUGCGAACAGGAAGAGAGUAAACGGUUCUGGUUCGGACGGUUGCCAUUCACCCCUGUUGUUUUAUGCUCAAAUUGAGAAGCAAAAUUAGAUCCUACGGUGCGGAAGAAAUUUUCUCGGUUCCUCAGAACUCCUUGGUGGCUUUGUCGUAACUCGUAAGCCCAGGCAACUUCUUACGCCGAAUCGAAGGUCCAGAGCAAACCAGCUGCCAUAAUCUACGGCGAGCUCCGGCAGACUCUGGAGACGACAGCCUCUCUCUGGCGGAAAAAAUAAAUAAAGAAACUAAGAGAGAACGAAAUAAAGAAAGGAAAAACUAAAAACGGAGAGAAAAGUAAAUGACGACAAUGGGGAAAAGGUCCUUGCCAUCCUUGGGAUUUGGGAAGAUGGGGGAAAUGACGAACAUAGUUGCGGAAGUUGCCAGGAAAGAGAGAACAACAAGAAGAAUAAAGAGAAAAGAAAAUAUUCGCCAUGUGGCAUGCCAGUUAACCGGGAAACCGGUCCUUAACCGGCCAACAGGGCUUAAUUGAACAUUUUUUAGAAGUUCGAGUGUUUAAUUGGGUGUUUUCAAAGUACGAGGGUUUAAUUGACUUUUUUUGAUAUAGUACGAGGGCUUAUUUGAUAGUUUUCUCAAGUGAUUAUUGAUGAUUUGCUUCAUAUUAUUCUACGAGAAAUGUUUUUUAGUAAUGUUUUUUUCUUUUUAUCCGAUACUCGUGUUGUUACUUUUGCCCAAAUAUGUAACUUAAAUAAUACUACCUCCGUUCCUAAAAAUUCUUCCCGGUUUGAAUCGGCACGCUUAUUAAGAAAGUGGAAUAAAGUGGAAAUGUGUGGUUGUAGUUGUGUAAGAAAAAGGUAAAAUGAAUAUGAGCCACACAAAUUGUCCAAAAAGGGAAAGUGGGAAGUAUUUUUGGGAACGGCCCAAAAAGGAAAGUGAGAAGUAUUUUCAGGAACGGAGGGAGUAAUAACAAUAAUAAUAAUAAAGUGAUUUUCAACUUUAUUUUAUGAACUUCGUUGGAUAUUUUUAUUAUAAUUCUUAUUUCAAAAUUCAAAUAAGUAUACGGUUUAUGGUUUGUCUUGGAUAUAAGCCCAGAAUAGCAUACCGCCCAUAGGCCCAGAAAUGGGCAGGAUCGGCCCUGCGCCAGUUCCAUACAAUGUGUUUACUUUGCAUUCAUUUUAAAAAUGGAUUGCAUACCUCACCAAACAAUACUCCCUUCGUCCCAAUAUAAAAGGCACACUUUCCUUUUCAGGCCGUCCCAAUAUAAAAGGCAUUUUUCCCUUUUUGACAAACAAAACAGUGCCAAACAGUGUCAAACAGUGUCUAAACAAUGUCAAAUAGUGUUCAAACAGUGUUCACCCUAAAAAUGUGUGGAAACACAAAUGUGCCUUUUAUAUUAGGACGGAGGGAGUAUGUUUUUAUUUUACGUGUAAAAUGAUUACACCCCUACGGUUUACAUGCAAUCACUUUACAUGUAAAAAUUUAAUAUGCAAAGAACCAAACGCCCCUAAGAGAUUAUUGGAAAAGUGUUUUAUAGUAAAAGUGGUAGUGUUUGAGAAUAUAAGUGAUUUUAGUUAAGGUAAAAGUUGAAAUGUUUGGGAAAAAGGUGAUUUGUAGGGUAACAUAUUAUUAAAAGACAAAAAUAUCCUUGUGAAUCGGAUUGGAAGGCAGAGCCUUGGUUAUUUUGGGGCAUCGGUCUCACUGUUGAUCGGAAGACAACCCGUUGUCGUUGUUGGUCUCGCCUUCGCAGGGGAAGUGAUUUACAGUUUCCGAUCUGCAAGUAAUUGUCCCUAUCGAUAAACACGAGGAGGAAGUUCAACAGUAAAAUCGACUGGGUCUUUUCCGCGAUGUUUCCCUCCCUCUUUUCAGUGGCCAUUGUAUUAACGUAAUCUGCAACGCCGGCAGAUUCUCCGAGUGGCCGGAUCGUCCAUGGUUCAACAGUCGCUAGAUCGCUUUCCACACACACACGCAUUCAAAGUAUCAACAAAUCAGUCCGUACAUCAUUAUGUGAUUAUGUGAAAGAAGUCAUCUGGAAGAACUUUGAUGAAGUGGUCAUGGUUUUGGAAAAGAAAGAGGGCUGGAUGAUUGCGGCAUAUUCGAAAACGGUGCAACAGAGGGAUGACCGGAUGUGGGAGGGGCAUUUUAGGUUUAAUUGAAAUAUGUAAUCUAAUAAAAGCUAGACGCAGAUAAAAGCAUCUAAUGGGAGCUUUCAACUUUUGGCUUAGAAUAGCUUUAAUUUAAGCUGAAAUGAGCAUUUGCAAACACCUGUAUUGGCUUUUUUUUUACAAAAAAACUGUAAAGUGCUUCCAAGAAGCAUUUGCAAACAAAGCCUUAUUCCUAUCCCUCCCGGGUGAUACAAUGUGCCACCUAAUAAGCAUAUAACUUAGGGCCCGUUCGGUUGGGUUGAUCUCACCCGGAAUGUGAUAAACGGAAUGUUAGAUACCAUUGUUUGAUUCACAGGUUUGAAAAAAAAUCAGGAAAGUUACAUUCCCGAGAAUGUAAGAUGGAGGGUAAUGCUAAACACAUCCAUGCCUUAGGUUAUCUCACAUUCCCGGUGUGAUCUAACUUUCUUCCGAAAAUACCUUCAAUUAAUCAUCUCUUUUCAUUUAAAUUAUUUAUACAUUCAACUAUUAUUAAAUUUGAUUUUUUGUGACUUUGUAAAACUUUUAAUUUAGUCUCUGAAUAUGUAAAUUUUAUUUACUAAAAAUAAUUUUACUAUUGACAGAGAUCAGUUAGUUUCAUGGUGUGUCGAACAUCGUAAAUCGUGUAACAUCCCUUUAGGUGGGACGAACAGAGUAUUAAUUAUAUUUGAAUGUUUAUUCUUGUUAAUUGCAUAAUUUUUUUCCUUAACAUUUAAUUUUUUUAAGGUAUUUAUGUUAUAAGAGUUAUAAAUUAUUUAAGUUUUUAUGAGUGGAUUUCAAAAUUUAAUAGCGAAAUUGGUCAUUUUUUCUUUAUUUUGAAAACAAGUUUUACGAAUAAUUUGAUCAUUUUUUAAAUUUUAGUUUUCUUGAGAUGAUAAUAAAUAUAUUUAUAUUACUAUUUGAACAACAUUUUUAUUCAUUUCUGUAUUGGAUCUACAACUGUUUACAAUUAAACAUAUUUUACUUAAAAAUAAUUCAAUUAGGUUUGAUUUUUAUUUAUUAUUAAGAUAUUUCAUUUUUUCUUUAAUUUUAAUCACUUUAGAUGUAUGUUGUAAUAGAUUUAUUGCGUUAAGAGAAAAUAUUUAAAGGCAUAAAAGUAAUUCAUCAUAUCUGCAAUAUAAGAUGUCUUUCAACCAAAUAAAUUAUGACGCAAUCCCGUAAUGUUAAUCAAACACAAAUGGAAAUAAAUUGAAUACAUUCUCAUCAAUCUAACAUAUCCAGCAAUGUGACAUUCUCAUGGUAAUCUGACAUUCCUUGAACCAAACAUAACCUUAGAGGAGUACAUAUAACGUACAUUCGGAUUGAGUAUAAAAGAGUGUUCAAACAAAGUAUUAUGAUCUAUGUGAUAUAUAUGCUAAAAAUCAACUUAUUCAGUUAACUAUAUAAUCAUUGUAUUGUCACCAAAAAUACUUUUUUUGUUUGAACGUUUGCCGGGUUUUAUUAAAAUAUGAAAGAAUUACAGAAGGAAGAGGGGGACCAGACCAAGACCUCUCCCGAAAUUACAUGAAAGAAACAAGUGAAAGCAUUGGGGGGGGGGGACCAAACCCAAAUGUAAAUAAACAAGAGAAAAAUAAAAAGCGAAAAGAGAAAAACAAAUCCAAAGACAUUAGUGAAAUCGAAAAUGAGGAAGUUCAAAAUAGUCAACCAUGUAAGAAUGGAAAGCCAAAGGAGGAAGAUCUCGGGCCGAGGAUAAACAAAUGCAUUUGUUCGAGCCCAGCGGAUAUUUGGCCAAAUAAUGGGCCGUCCAAUUGCCCUCUCGCCAGAUAUGACCCAGCAAAAUAUUUCCAGAAGCAAGGAACCUCCUCAUCUUCUGAAUUAGGAAUGCGUACUGUCACCAAAAAUACUUAUUGUGCAAAAUUCAUUAUUUAAUGGGUUUUUUACAAGAAUAUUACUAAAAUAAAACUUAUUUACAUAAAUAUGACUAUUCAUUACUAUAACGUAGUGCUGUGGUAAUUAAAGUUCAAAACUUGAACAUGAAUUACUAUGAUUUCAUUACUACUCUAGUAAUGAAUCAUAUUUUUGUAAAUCAUCUUUAUUUUGAUCAUAUUUAUGUAAUUAUUUCUUAUUUAAUACUAAUACUCAUUUCAUUAUUAAGUAUAAACUAAAAUAUCCAAUUGUACCUUGCGCAUUGUACAAUUGAAUGUACCAUGUAAUUUAUGAUAGUUAGAACGGCAAGAGAUGGGAGAGAAGUGGGGGGGGGGGGGGGGGGCUAGAAGAGAAUCUACCCACCAGUGUUUCAUGAAGGUGCUCACUUGAAAUGUAAGAAGCCUCAAUACGUCGGGCCUCUAAACCGAGUAUUGCAUAUAAGUAUAAGCUAAAUGGUCAAAUAAGCAUUCGAACUAACUUAAAAAGUGCAAAUCACCUCUUAUAUAGGAGACUAUGUCCGGCCAAUGCUAUUUCGUGUGGUUCCUGGUGGAAUUUCUUGAUGAAAUUUUUUGAGCAUGUUAUUCAUUAAGAUUAGUUUACCCAUACCAAAUUUCAGAUAAAAAUUCAACCGGGAAGACGGUCAAAUGAUUUUCUGAAAUGUACUGCGUUGUUAUUUGACUGCCUUCCCGAUUUAAUUUGUAGCUGAAAUUUGGUAUAAGUAAACUAGACUUAAUGAAGAAGAUGUUCAAAAAAUUUCCUCUAAAAAUUCCAACAGGAACCGCCCCAAAUGGCAGUGGCCGGACAGAGCCUCCUAUAUAAGAAGUGAUUUGCGCUUUUUUAGAUAGUUAGAGGGUCUAUUUGACCCUUUAGCCACAAAUAUAUUAGUAAGUAUAAUGUGAGUGUUUGAUUAGGAGCGUAUCAGCCUUGUUUGGCUGAUUUGACUAUUGUUUGAUUUUUUGAUGAUUACACUUUUUUGGGGGUGUAUAUACAACUUUAAAUACGUGCACUUAAGUUUAUGUCAUACAUUUGUAUAAUUUAAACAAAUAGCAUAAUUAACUUAUUUAAAUGAAUGAAAAACACAUGGUUGCAUAGGGAUCUAAAAUUACGUUACCUCACAUUAGCUAUUAAAGUGCUAUAUGCACUUAAAAAAACAUAAUUUAGGUUAUUAAUUUGUCCUAUCAUAUUUAUUUAAGCUAUAUAGUCAUUUAACCCGAGUGGAAAUGACACUUAGCAGGGGAAAAGAUUCUGGGGUUUGAUUGAGAUUGUUUAAGGGCGCAACGAGGACGUUGCGAUCCUAAGUGGGGGUGAUUGUAAUACCCGAGAUUAAUUUAAGAGGAUUAAUAGUACUACUCAUACCAACAGAGGUGCAUCUCCUUUUAAGGGAGCUCAUCACCCAAGAACUCCAAAGUUAAGCGUGCUUGCACGAGAGUAGUCUUGGGAUGGGUGACCCCCUGGGAAGUUUCUCAGGGCGCGCAUGAGUGGGGACAAAAUGCGCGGUAAAGGCUCAAAGGGUUAAAUGACUAUAUAGCUUAACUAAAUAUGAUAGCUUGAAUAUAUAGCUGAUAUAUCCUUGUUAUACUCAUCUCACAGUGCCUCAUCUUCUUUGUACUUGUCAUUUCCACUCUUCCGCAAAAGAAAAAAAGUAAUAGUACGUGGACCAGUUUUCCAGAUGAUUAACUAUAUUAUGUUUUACUGUCAAAAAAACAUUGUCUUAUUUUUUAUCCACUACUGAUCAUAUGGAAAGUAAGCCUUAAUUGAAUAUUCCAGGUUAGUUUCUUUAAUGUAUUUAAUCAGUUUUUUCUUUUUAUUUUAUAAACAAUUUAGCAUUUUUAUCAUCAUUAUUUUCGUUAUGAUUACAUUAAUAUUUUAAUACAAUUUUCAUUUUUGUUACCCAACUUUUCUUAGUACUCUGUAUAUUUUACAUAAAACCAAGGGCGGACCGUAGUAGAGACCCAGGGGAGCUACCGCCCUUCCAACAAUUUUUGUUAGUGUAUAUAUAUGAAAAGUAAUUUUCGUAUAUAAUUUUCGCCCCCUCAAAAAAUAAUUUUCGCCCCCAAAAAAUAUUUUGAACCCCCCCCAAUAUGAAUUUUCUGGGUCCACCCAUGCAUAUAACUCCAUGUAUUAAGCAAACUAUUGUCAUACUGAUUUAAUUCGGUAAUUCAUGAAAAAAUGUUAAAAUAAUUUUUUUUGGGAAUAUUAAAAUAAUCAUUAUUUUUGUUCAUAGACUUUUUAUUUUUUCAAUCAUAAAUUAAAAAUGUUUUAAGUCGUUCUACUAGUACUAAAUAACAUUCACAAAAAAAACAAUGAUGUCCUUAAAACUUAUUUAACAAAUUAUCAGUUGAUUCUAAAUAGCCAUUUAAUCAAACACCGUUUUGAAAAUUGUUAUUACUAUCAGCUAAUCAAAACAGCCAACAUAAUUUGUUGUCAUCAAUAUAAUCAGCCAAUGCAAUCUGUCGGAGUGAAGUGUUGUGGGAUCCUUUCAGAGUGGAGUGUAUUGUCAUGGAUUGUGGCCCCUAAUUUAUACCACCUAUGUUCUCUUUUAAAUGCAACAUUGGACUUUUUACACUAUUCACAUGUUCAACUUUGACUUUAUUUUAUUGAUUUAUGUAUUAUAAAUUAAAUUUAAAAAAAUGUUAAAUUCCUCUCAUUUAAAAUUUUCUAAAUCUAAUUUUUUUUACUAAUAAGGAAUGAAAGAUAUUAAUGGUCAAACUUGUGCGAUGACAAACGUGAAAAGUGAACUGUUGCAAUUAAAAAAGAACGAAGGAACAUUGUUAGGUGAGGUGCCUCACCAUGCUGAAUCCUGAUAUCCAGGGACGGAUCCAGGAAAUUGACUCAAGGGGGGCGAAAUUUUUCGUUAGUGUAGAUGGCGAAAAAUUUUUCGUUAAUGUAGCGGCGCGAAUUUUUUUUCCAUAGUGUAGUGGGGCGAAUUUUUUCGGUGUUGUAGGGCUAUGCGGCUGUUUUAAUUCAAAAAAUGACAUUAAUACAUACACAUUCCCAACGAUAUUUAAAUCUAUUACAUUCUAAGUUUAGACAAUGACAAAGACAUCAACCAAUACAUUUUAAAUAACUUCUACAUUGUUUAACCUCAUGAAUCGGUUAUUGAAUCGUAAUUUUUGUCUACCAAGGAGGGUGUUCGUGAGUCAUGACUCAUGAGAAGUUUUCUUAAUAUUACAAUAGUAAUAUUUAUGGGAUUAUUAUUUUUAGAUAAUAUGCACCACAUAUUAUAUAUAUGGUACAUAUUAUAUUUUAAUAUUUGUAUUAAUGCUAUAAUAAUUUAAAGUUUAUUAUCUAUGCAAUAAAUUAUUUUUUAGAAAGCAAGAAGUAAACAAAUUAAGUACUUUAAUUUCAAUAAACAUUUAUAUUUUGGAUCAUUUCACGUGAUCUAAAUACUGUGUAAUUAGUGUGUCUGGUAUUUAAUAUCAUUUGAUAUAUAUUUUACAAAAUCCAGUACUUGUUAUCUAAUAAAGAUAAUUAAACAUUACAAAACUAGGAAUUUUUAUAUAAUUGGUAUCCCAAAUCUUAAACAACGAGUUAUUCUAUUGUUUAUUUGUUUAAGUUAUGUAAAUUAUUUUAGAUGUUACUUCUUUCAAAAUCUCCAAUUAAGUAUUACAUAAUGUAAGACUAUAUAUUAAUUUUGAAAAUUAAAAGCUAAGGGGGGCGAAUCUAAUUAAAUUAUGAAAGUUCUAUGAAAAUAUUACAUAUAUGGUAAAAAAAUUUGAAAAUCCAAGGGGGGCGGUCGCCCCCCGCGCCCCCCCUAAAUCCAUCCCUGCUGAUAUCUCUAUUGGCUACUUGGUGGUUGAAAGGAGAGUGAUGUGGGAACAUGUUACUUGCCUGGGGCAAAGUAUUAAUGAACCGUGGGAAGUUUUGUGUGAUUCCAAUUGUGUGAGAUCACCACUUGAAAGCUUGGGGAGUAACGACCCCACUUCUUAUCAAAAGUGGAUUUAGCUAUUUGCAUAAAAGUUCUUAAAUUGGAGGAUGCUCCACCAUGGGCGACAUUUUUACUUGGCAUAGAAAUCUGAAAUGGGCAAAACUGGAUAGGGUUUUGAUGAAUCAAGAUUGGAAGAAGGAGGGGUUGAUAUGCCAUGCAAAUUUUUUAAAAAUUGUAGCUAUAUCUCAUCACUGCCCCAUAAUAAUGAGUUAAUGACACUUGUUCAUUAUAAGUUUUUCAACGUGGAUGAGAGAUCCAAGUUGUAAGGAGGUGUUAAGUAAUGGGAAAAUGUUAGAAUUACAAACACACUUACAAAAAAACUUACGAACGGACAUAUGUGGCCUAUUAAAAUGAGAUGUGUUAAAUAAUGUGAUGUUGGCACAUAAAUCUUUUAUAGGACUUUGUAAGAGUGUAAGUACCUCUAACUUAACUCUAAGUGAUAUGUUGGAUAAGAGUUGGGCUGGCAAUAGCCAGUAUAUCCUUUGCUCUAAACUUAAAAUGCUCAAGAAUCCUUUAAAGGAGCUUUAUAGAAGGAGCUUGGAGCAUAUAACAACGAAGACUUUAAAAGCUAAAGAGGAGUGUCAAAGGGCUCACAAACUAAUGGCCAAGGACCCUUUAAAUGAAGAAUUGAAUGUAUUCCAUAAUUGCUAACCAGGUUAGGGGAGAGCUGUGUUCUUAUCAGAAGUUGGAAAAAUCUCCCGUCAGCAAAAAGCAAAAAUUGACCACUUGUUGGAUGCUAAUAGAAGCACAAAAAUACUUCCAUGUUAUUGUUAUGAGGAAUGGGGUAAAAAACUCAGUCUCCUCUAUACUGAAAAAAGAUGGAAGGUGAUUACUUCAGAAAAGGAGGUGGCUGAGGAGUUCUUAGGAUAUUACAUAAAUCUCUCUGGCUCAAUCACGAGGUGUAGAGAUAUGAGAGGAAUUAAUGAGGGGGAAGAGGUGUAAAAGAGAGAAUAUGGUAGUAACUUUGAUGGCUCACGUUACUGGCAUGGAGAUUAAGAGAGAUGUGUUACACAGGGGAUGAUAAAGCACCAGGUUCAGAUGGUUACUCUGCGGCUUUCUUCAAGGAGAACUGGAAUAUGAUAGGGAAGGAAUUUUCUGAGGCUGUAAGGGAAUUUUUUUCCUUACAGAUUAUUACUCAAACUAUUAUCGCCUUCAUACCCAAAACUUCCUAACACCCCACUAUGAGCGACAUUAGACCUCUUUCUCUUACCAAUGUGACCUAUAAGACCAUUUCGAAGAUCCAGUUUAAAUGUUCUGCUACCGGAUCUCAUUGACCCUGCUCAGGCGGCUUUUGUCAAAAGGAAAGGCUUCUAGAGACCUUUGGGGGUAAGGAUUUUACUGUAGCAAAAUUGCAGAAGUGCUGCCCAAUGGGAAUCUAGUCUCAUCAAAAGUGUAUGAUACUAUGAGAACUAAAAGCACUACCAAGAAUUGGAUGAGUUUUAGCUGGAAAAAGUACAUUCCACCUAAGUUUUCCUUUGUAAUGUUGUUGUGUUUGAGGAGAAGGUUGUCUAUGACUUGCUCCUUGUGUUUCCUGUAUGUUGAUAGAAGUUGUUGCUUCUAUCUAAAUGCCCCUGAAAUUGUAGAGCACCUUUUCUCUAGAUGACUAAUAAGUCCAUAUUUCAACACACAUUUGAUGCGUAUUGGAAUUGGUUUUUGCCAUUGUUCCUAACCUAAAUGUGUCACAAAGCACUUAAUUAGCUCAAGUCAUAGUUUAUCGGGGUUUGGUUUGUUUUUGGUACUGUUAGAGUGAAAUUCAGGGAAUUAAGCCUCGCACUGGCGUGAGUGAAUAUAUUGUUUGGGAGAUUUGAGACUGGAAUUUUUUUAACAAAUUUAUUUACAUCAGUUCUCUCUAACUUUUGUCCCUGGCUUGCCGACUACUUUGUACCAAAAAGACAAUAAGAGACUUGCAAAAUCAGGAACCAUUGAACUGAUUGAAGUGGAAACCAUGCCAAGCUAGGGAUUCACCAUUUUAUUUUCAUUUAUUUACUCUAUAAGUGGUAUAAUAUUUACUCAAAUAAUUGCCAAAGACUCCAACUUGAUUCGUGUUUUAUGUUCUACUUUUUGCGUUUGCUCUUCAAAGUUGUGGAAGAGGAGGGGUGGUUGUUCCAAUUCCUCUUUCGCUGGUUGAUGAACCAGUUAUUUAUCUGCUUUAGGUGUAACCCUGUUUCCUCCACUAAUUGAGCUUUGUCCUCCUCCUACCAAAAAAACACAAGUACAAUUCAACAAUCAUCAUGGGUAAAUGUUUAGCACUUGCAACAUUUUUGUUUUCAGACUAUAUAAUACUUCAACACUACCCCUACACUAUCCCUCUUGCGUAAGCACUUCAUCAAAAUCAUACGGACAUUCACCUUCUUAUAAUCGUCAAUUUUAUAAAAACUUGUGUCAUCUUGCAUGAUUAUGAAUUGAUUUGACUCUGAUAUCAUUUCAAGAGUUAGUGCUUUCAUUCAUACUCCCUUCGUACCCUAUUUAAGUUCUCACUUUCCUUUUUCGGGUGUUCCAUGCAAUUUCACAUUUUCCUUAUUUGGCAAACAAAUCUAUUCCAAAACAAUGCAAAACGGUCUCAAAUAGUGUCCAAACAGUGCAAAACAGUGCACUCCACUCCACAGUAAAGUCGAAUUUAUUUUCUUAAUAUAAUUGAAGUCAAAUUGAGAACUUGUUUGAGCAAUUUGAAAUGGUCAAAAGGAACAUUGUUGGACUUACAGUUGGAUAUGGCCACUUGGCGUGUGAUUGCCACCAUGAUUUCAAAACAGACGUGGUAUCACCAGGGAGUUUUCCCGCCCUUCUCUUGCGAAGAAUUUCUUCCCUAAUGUCUACGAUCUUCUCCUUAUAACCCUAUGGCAUAGACAGAUGGUUAGGGAAGAUAAUAUUCAACAUAAUCAUGCCACUUGUCCCAAAGAAAUGCUGGGUUAAUGGUCAUAUAAAAAAUGGACAAAAUUAUAUUGGUUGGAAUUUGGAGUAUAUUCGUAACGGAGUAGUCUUCCGGUCAGGUAUACCUGACCGGAGCCCCGUCCGGC